AUGAAAAAAGUAGUCAAAGUAUCUUUUUUAGUAGUUGUAUUUUAUAUGUUUUUGUUACUUCAAAAAGUAACUAUUUGUACUUAUAUUGAUAUAACUCACUUUAGUGAAGAUCUUAUAGAUAAUAUAAUGAAAUCAGAGAUAUAUAUGAGUAACCAUUUGAAAUUUAAUGAGAAUAAUAAAUCAAACAAAAGAAAAAAAAGAAACGAAUCUGAUAUAGAUGAUAUUAAUUUAUUAACAAGCAUGUUAUCACAAAUUAUUCCAUAUAAUUUUUCAUUUUAUUCCAUAACCAUUCCUGAUGGGAAUAUAGAUAGCUUUAAUAGUGACACGAAUAACUUUUUAGAUUUGGUAAACAUAUAUGAUCCUGAUAUUAAUAAUACUAUUACACACCAUUUAAAUAAAACACAACCCAUAAAAGGAUGUGAAAAUGAUAUAAAAAAUUAUAACUGUGAUAAAGAUGUAAUAAAAUGUAUAACUUUAAAUAAGAAGGAUUUAUCAGAGAGCUGUAAAAAAUCUUUAAACAACUCAUUAUUAUAUUCUUGUAUUGAUGAUUUUUUACUAUAUUGCAUUGACUAUUCAAAAUUUUCAAAAGUUUAUAAAUGUUUAAAGGAAAAUUUUUUUCAAUUAAGUAAUAAGUGUUUAAAUAUCUUAAGUUACUAUGAAAAUAUUAUGCAAAAAUUACAUAAAAUGAAAAGUAAACCAUAUGAUAAUGAAGAAUUCAUAUUUUUUGAAAAAGAUAAGAUAAAUUUUUCUGAUAGCAAAAAUAAUAUUGAUAGUACAAAUAAUUUGAAAAAAAAUUCAGAAUCUAAUGAAAAUAACAAUAAACAGAAUAUUCUUCAUAGUUCUAAUAAACAAAAAUUAGAUAUAUCAGAUAAUUUAAGAAAAGAAUACAGUCAUUAUAUUUUACCUUCUAUGAAUUAUCAUUAUUUAGGACAUAUCAGACCAAAAAAUUAUUUUUACAAAUAUAUUUUAUACUUUUUUGAAUUUUUAUUUAUUUUAUUUGUAGUAUAUGUAAUAAUAAUAUAUAUUAAGAAAUACUACGUUAUGGAUUCAAAUAAAUUUUACAUAAUAAAGGAGAAAAAAAAAUUAGCUAAAAUAUGA